AUGACAACCAUGCUGAGCCCAAAGAUCAGACAGACCAGGAGAGUUUAUGCUUCCAUAAAAACACAGACUGCCAUUAUGGCCAGGUCCAAGAGCAUGGUGAUGGGCGAGGUAUCUCGGGGGCCAUGCCGACCGGCUUCUCCCAGCCUUCAGGAGGGGGCGCUGAAGGCAGGCUGGCUGAAGAAGCAGCGUAGCAUCAUGAAGAACUGGCAGCUGCGGUGGUUCGUGCUGCGCUCAGACCAGCUCUUCUUCUACAAAGACGAGGAAGAAACCAAACCACAGGGCUGUAUAACUCUGCAGGGAUGCCAGGUGAAUGAGCUGACAGCUAACCCAGAUGAACCAGGACGACACCUUUUUGAGAUUGUACCAGGUGGAACAGGAGACAAGGACCGCGCACCAAUCAGCCAUGAAUCAUUCCUACUUAUGGCAAACUCCCAGACAGAUAUGGACGACUGGGUCAAAGCCAUACGCCGGGUCAUCUGGGCACCAUUUGGAGGAGGGAUAUUUGGCCAGCGUUUGGAGGACACGGUGCAGUAUGAGAAGAAGUUCGGACCCCGGCUGGCACCCCUGCUGGUGGAGCAGUGUGUGGACUUCAUCAGGGAGAGGGGCUUGGAUGAGGAGGGUCUCUUUCGAAUGCCAGGACAGGCCAACCUCGUCAAAGAGCUGCAGGAGGCCUUUGACUGUGGUGAUAAGCCUCUGUUUGACAGUAAUACAGAAGUCCACACGGUGGCAUCAUUGCUGAAGUUGUACUUGCGAGAGCUGCCUGAACCUGUCAUUCCCUUCUCCAAAUAUGAAGACUUUCUAUCCUGUGCACAGCUUUUGGUCAAAGAUGAGGAGGAGGGGGUCCAGGAGCUUGGAAGACAAGUUAGCACUCUACCUCUACCUAACUACAAUCUCCUCAAGUACAUAUGCAAAUUCCUUGAUGAGGUCCAAUCCCACUGUAGUGAGAACAAAAUGAGUGUCCAGAAUCUCGCCACAGUAUUUGGACCAAAUAUCCUUCGACCCAAGGUGGAGGACCCAGUCACUAUCAUGGAAGGUACCUCUAUGGUCCAGCACCUGAUGACAAUCCUCAUUAGGGAACACAACCGUUUGUACUCAGGGAGAGACCAGGAAGGAUCCACUGUGCCCCAAACAGAGCUCCCUGUCCAGGGACAUCAGCUCCAACAUCGCAGCCUGGGAGCCUGGAUCUCCGAGGAGGACCUUCACAACUCCCCAGUCUCCAACCCUGACCAAGAACUGCACAGCAGUGCAUCAUCUCUAGAUGCCAAACUGUGUGCAGCCAUCACACCCACCCAGACUCCUAACCCAAACCCUGGACCAAAACUGGGGUCUCCGUCAGGGAAGGGCGAUACCGUGGUUAGCCCAAGUAAACAAGCUAAGACCAUACCUUCCUGGAAAUACACUUUCAAAAGCUCCUCAGCGCCUCGUUCCCAGCCACAAACUAAGCAAAGCAGUGGCGGUUCUGUGGCAGACACUACCAGUGUAUCUUCUGGUGGAGGUGGAGGUAACUGGCUCAUGAACGGUUUGUCCUCCUUGAGGGGACACCGCCGCACCUCUUCAGGUGAACGGUCUGCCCGGGACCGCGACUCGACCGGCUCUUCUCAAAGACUGUCCACCUAUGACAAUGUCACCUCCUCGUCCAGCAUGGGGAGUGUUCCAAGUGUAGCCAGCACACCUUGGUCCACUUCCUCCUGCGAGAUCUCCGUCCCUGACUCUGGUAGCAGUGAGCCCUCAGCUAACCAGAUCUGUGGAGUAGGGGGUGAAAGUGGGGAAAAAGGGGAGUGGAUGGAGAGUCAGAGGGAGAUUGACAGAGGAAGGGAUGGGGGUAUGACGACAGACCCAAGCUCUGAGCAGGACAGUUGCGAGGCCAUGGAGCUGUGCAGCAGCAGUGCAGCAUGCAGUGAGAACGGACACAUGGCCAUGGCAGCUGGGGUGCCAUCCAUUAUCAUGUCUGAGGAUGGAGACGGGACAAGUGUAACACUGAGUAGUCUGGUCGAGGGUCUGAAGGACGAGUUGAGGAAACAGAAGACUACAUAUGAGGCCAGGAUCCAAAAGUUGGAGGAUUCCAGUGCUGCUCUGUGUGCACAGAUGGAGCGUUUAGAACAGGAGAUGGAGCAGGAAAGGAAGAAGCAACGUAUGCUGGAGAUCAAACUGCGAAACUCUGAGCGGGCACGUGAGGACGCGGAGAACCGUAACCGGCUUCUGGAAAAGGAGAUGGAGGAUUUCUUUUCCACACUCGGAGAUCUGGCCUUGGGUGCGAGGACUAGCGACAUUUGA